ACAAACCAAAAUUCUCUCGUCUGAAAUCAUAAAACACUCGCUGGAGAUUCAGAGGGGGAAAAGUAAAAUCGCAAAAAUCAUGUCUUUGGUGGAUUACGCAUUGUCGGACGACGAAGACGACGUCGUUCCGGAGAAGCUCGUCGAAGAACAUGAAAAAGCCUAUCGGGAUCCUCCUCAACCCUCAACGCAUUCUCAAAAGCUUUCUGAAUCAAAGGAAAAGCCUGAAAGUUCCAACUCCAUAGCACAGCCUUCACUUGAGAAACUCCCAGAUGCUUCGGAGCUGUUGAACUCUACUGAUUUCUCAUCUAACAAUGCUUUGAGUGGCUCCACCAUUGACCACUCCUCCAUAGUGGCAACUGCUGUGGCUCAAAGUGCAUCACGGAAGAGGGACUCAAUAGGGACGUUGCCUUCCUCUCUUCCCCGCAGUAAAGUUCCUAAAGGGACGUUGCCUCAUUCCAAGAAUGUUCCAGAUACUGGUGGUGGCUUGCUUGUUCCUCCCCAGCUUAGUGGAAGGAGUAACACUGUGACAGAAGACAUAACCAAGCUAUUCGUCAAAAAGCAAGCUGAGCGCGCAUCAAAGUAGAUGGUGUUCCUCAAAUUGGUUGUAGUUAGGAAUGUUGCAGUCUUGUGUCUCGAUAAUGACAUUUUCAGGAGCAUGUCAACUUAUUGAGAAAUUUGCCCUUGUCGAAUGUAAAACCCGUCUAAUUUGCUAGCUCGUAAAUUGUGUUAUGGCAGUUAGCUAGGAUGAAAGUUGUCGAUUGCCUGUUUCGGAAAGAUCAUCAGUACUUCUCUACUUUUUUGCCUAUGAGACUUCCCAAAAGUCUUGAGGACUUCGAACAAGAUUACGAUAGCCUUGAUGUAUAAUAUAGGUAGAACAACUUCAAUUUCACUGCCAUUGGUUAAAGUUGAUACCAGAACUUAUUCUAUCAAGUUUAGGGCUACUCUAUUUUUAAGUUUUU